UUCCAGGCAAUUUGAAAAAUGAUUAUUCAACAGUAUACAUGGCUCUUUGUGCUCUUAGCCGUAGGUAGGACCUUAGCCGACUUCACUGUGUCAGAGAAAGAUUUAACAGUCACAGCGGGUGGUCAGAACACGUUCAAUCUCUAUUUGAACAACUCAUUGUCUGAGGACAUAGAAGUCAGAUUUGACACACAGCAUUCAGAUUUGGUCAAGACAGAUCCAGCAAAUUUUUCACUCUCUGCUACAAACACAACCACAAAAUGGACUAUCACAGUAUUUGGUCUAAGUGCGGGCUAUUCUAUAGUUUCCGCAAAUAUUACACCCAGCGAUGCCGCAUCUGUUACCGAUGCCUUCGUACGUGUGACUAUAGAAAAAUCAGAGCUUCUGCGUCACGUGAGUGUCGUAGUUGGUUGGGUGUAUUUCUUAGCAUGGAGCGUCAGUUUUUACCCCCAAAUUUACAUCAACUACAAACGCAAGAGUGUAGUGGGUCUGAAUUUUGAUUUCUUGUCGUUAAAUAUCGUCGGUUUUGUGAUGUACAGUUUGUUCAACUGUGGACUCUAUUGGAUUCCCGAAAUUGAGCAAGAAUAUUUCAAUCGCUAUCCCAAGGGUUUAAACCCUGUCAAAGUGAACGAUGUCGUCUUUGCAUUGCAUGCCGUGUUUGCAACGACAGUUACAAUCCUACAGUGUUUCGUUUACGAGAGAGGGACGCAGAGAGUCUCAAUAAUGGCUCGUGUGAUACAUGGAAUUUUUGCAAUAUUUAUACUAGUCUCAGUAAUUCUAGCUGGAGUAGACACAAUCAAAUGGUUAGACUUUUUGUAUUACUGCAGCUACGUAAAGCUGGCUAUUACGCUUAUCAAAUAUGUACCACAGGCGUUUUAUAAUUACAAAAGAAAAUCAACGAUAGGAUGGAGUAUCGGGAAUAUAUUUUUGGAUUUCACCGGCGGCAUGUUAUCGAUGCUGCAAAUGAUACUCGAUGCAUACAAUUAUGAUGACUGGGACAGCAUUUUCGGAGAUCCAACAAAGUUUGGACUAGGAUUUUUCUCCGUUGCUUUUGACAUUUUCUUCCUUGUACAGCAUUAUGUAUUAUACAGACACGCCAGCGAAAAGCAGAUUGACCUGAAAGGACGAGUAUAGUACAACUUUACGGCGGUACAACUUUAGCUUACACGUCAUGCCUUUUCCACCUUUUAUACAUAUUUAUUACUUAAUGAACUGCAUAUCGCAGUAUAGUUGAUUGUGAUGUACGUAGAUGAAUUUUUGGUAGUACCUUAGAAGAGUAUAAUAAGAUACAAGAGUUCAAAACUGUUACACUUUUGUAUAUAAAUCUCUGUAAUAUAACGUGAGGAAUAUUUAUUGAAUUGAGAAUGUUAACAUUUUUCAGUG